AUGGAUAUCUUGCAUGAAUGCGGAUUACUUGGGUGUAAACCAUAUGAUUUUCCCAUGGAUCAGAAUCAUAAAUUGGCCCUUGCAGAUGGUCCAGCUUACGAUGAUCCCACACGUUAUCGACGUCUUGUAGGUCGCCUUCUUUAUCUUACCAUUACUCGACCUGAGUUGAGUUAUGUUGUACAUACACUUUCUCAAUUUCUUCAACAUCCGCUCCAAGAACAUUAUGAUGCAGUGUUGCGAGUCCUGCGUUAUAUCAAGGGUAAUCCAGGUCAAGGACUACUUAUCCGUUCCACUUGUGAUCUUCAUCUUCGUGCAUAUUGCGAUUCUGAUUGGGCAAGUUGUCCUAUUACUCAACGAUCCAUCACUGGUUACUUUAUCACACUCGGUCAAUCCCCUAUUUCAUGGAAAUCUAAGAAGCAACACAUCAUUUCUCGUUCCUCUGCUGAAGCCGAAUAUCGUUCCAUGGCAGCUGCCACUUUUGAACUACUAUGGAUCAAAGCUUUUCUGCAAGAUCUUGGUGUCUCUCAUUCCAUGCCAAUGACACUAUAUUGUGAUAGUCAAUCUGCUAUUCAUAUUGCUUCUAAUCCAGUUUUUCAUGAAAGGACAAAACACAUUGAACUCGACUGUCAUUUUGUUCGAGAACAUGUGAUGUCCAAAACUAUUUCCACACAACACAUUCGGACUGUUUCCCAACCUGCAGAUAUUCUAACUAAAGCUCUCGGUAGAAAGCAGUUUCAAUUUUUAUUGUCCAAGUUGGGCAUUUCCUCCCUCCAUGUUCUAACUUGA